AUGACUGCAACAAACUCCAUCAGCCCAGACGCCGUGAGGGCCAUGUUCGCGUCUGCUCUUUCGAGCAUGUACCGACGUGAAGUCCCACAAUACGGCACUCUCCUCAAGUUGGUGUCUGACAUCAACCACAAGAAACACCAGCAAAUCGAACCCCGCAUUGAAGUCGAAAGACACGGUGCCAUUAGGCUAGGAACGCCAGAAGAGCUAUCUAUGAUGCGACGCCUAUUCUCCGUCAUGGGAAUGCACCCCGUCGGCUAUUACGAUCUCACCGUUGCCAGCCUUCCAGUUCAUGCCACUUGUUUUCGACCCCUCACACAAGAAGCACUCGCUUAUAACCCCUUCCGAGUUUUCACGUCAUUGCUGAGGUUGGAACUCAUCGAGGAUGAGGAUCUUAGGUCAAAAGCCUCCGAAAUCUUAAGCAAGCGCUGCAUUUUCACACCUCGAUGCGUGGAGCUUAUUGAGCAAUUUGAGUUACAAGGAUCAUUCUCCGAAGCCAUAGCAGAGGAAUUCAUCAAAGAGGCUCUCGAAACGUUCCGAUGGCACAAGACGUCAACCGUGGAUCUCAAGACAUACAAAGCCCUACGGAAAGCACAUCCCCUGAUUUCAGACGUUGUUUGCUUCAAAGGCCCUCACAUCAACCACCUCACACCUCGCGUGCUAGACAUCGAAACAGCACAGAUUGAAAUGCUGCGGUAUGGCCUACAAGCAAAAGACGCUAUUGAAGGACCACCACCGCGGUUGUGCCCCAUCUUACUUCGUCAGACAAGCUUUUUAGCGAUCGACGAAGCUAUUGCCUUCUCAGAGGGCGAAGAGACAGGAGGAAGCCACAAGGCCCGCUUUGGGAAGAUUGAACAGAGAGGCAUGGCUUUGACACCUAAGGGACGACAACUAUACGACGAUCUCAUCAACGAAUGGCGAGAGACCGUAAGCAAGCUUACUGAAGUCGAGUCAAAAGAGAAGCAUCUGGCCAAGAUCUUUGAAAGAUUUCCUGACAAUAUGGAAACCCUUCGAACAGAAAAACUGGCCUACUUUGCCUAUAAGCCUGUCCAAAGCGCUACCAAAACCCCGGAAGCUGACAUUGACGCCCUUGUCAGUUCCGGGGCUGUUGUGGUUGAACCCAUUACAUACGAAGAUUUUCUGCCAGUUAGUGCCGCUGGGAUCUUCCACUCCAAUCUUGGUGGCGAUGGCGGCAUGAGACACACAGUAGGCGCCGACAAAGGUUCGUUUGAGAAGAACCUAGGAUGCGCCGUCAAGAAGGAGUUUGAUUUGUAUAGUGAGAUGCAGGAGGCUUCGAUCAGAGAGUGUUUCGUCACUUCAUGA